CCCUUUUUUUUAUUCCCCUUUAUAGGUGCCUCUUGCAAAAUAUGAAAAGCGGAUCAAUGUCUCUUCCAAUGUCAGAUGUCACUUCCAAACCUUAUAAACCUCAUUUAGGAGGGGCAGAUGUGUUAACUAAGUAAAACACCCUGAAACUGAGAACCUUAAUUAUGGCUUUUCUAUGUGCCAAGAGGAAGCUCUCUCUCUUGCAGGUGGAGGAAUGGAACUGGAGGGAAAUGAGUGGAAAAUAGCUGGAGAGUUCUAGAGUAUUUGAUGCCUCGUGCCUAUUCUAAUGGCCCUCACCAUUUUUCUUGUGCAGAUCACAUAUUUGAAAAAGUAAAUCCUGAAAUGGAAAAGCUGGGAUAUGAGUGCAAGUGCCUGGGAGGAGGGAAAAUUGAACACAAUAGCAAAGACAAGAAAAUUAGGGUAUUUGGGCUCUCUACAGGCUAUGGAAAAGCAGAUCAUUCGGUGACCGUAGAGAUACUGAAAAAAGUGUAUACAGAUUAUGAAAUUACAUGGUCAGAUGACAAGAAAUAAAUUGGCCACUUAUGAACACAACAAGCACUUCAAAACUGGUAACUGUGAGCUGUACUUUGAAAAAUAAAAAUUGAAUGUGUCUUCUAGUGCCUCAUCCUGUUGCUUAUCAGUACCGAGCCUUGGGCUGGAGUCUCUGACGCUGCCAGCAGUUUGCUUCCCCUUUUCCGUGGAUUCCUGCUUGUGUUUUGGAGAGCACAGCUGUACGUCCGCCUUAUCACAGGUGUUUUGAGGAUCCUGAUUGAAAUGUUUUUGCCCCAUAUCAGCCUUGCAGAUUUGGAACAAACUUUUUUCUCAAAAGUAUUACCUAAGACUCUACAGUUAUUUGAUAACUUGAUGUAUGAAUUAUCCAGUGAGGCCAAAGGAUUAACCAGCCAGAACACUGAGUUAUGCAGUACUGUAAGGAAUCUUUUACAGACUAUGGUGCAACUGUUGGAAACUCUGACCGGUUGUGUACGAUACGUCUGCACGCUGCAAGAGUGUGUGCCUCUGGAGAGUAUCCGCACCCUUCCAUCCUCAGUUCUUUAUGUAAUAAAGAACACGUUUACACACUGCAAGGACAGUGAAUCGGUGUACUGUGGGCAUCUGCACUUGAUUUCUGACCUCCUACAAGCUAUGUUCAAGGAAACUUACUCUCUUCAGAAGCAGCUGAUGGAACUACUUGAUGUGAUUUCCAUGGGCUCUGCUUCUACUGAAGAUAACAUCACAGAUAUGGUGUCAGUAAUCCACACUGUGCUGGAGAUAUGCUUUGUUAUUUCCAAUAUGGACCAUGCUCUUCAUGCCAAUACUUGGAAGUUCAUAAUCAAGCAAAGCCUGAAGCACCAUUCUCUGCUGCAGUGCCAUCUGAAGCACAGUGACAUCCUCAGUGGCCUCUGCAAGGACACUCUUUUUUCUUUUCACUCCUGCUUGCAACUGGCUGAGCAAAUGAAGAUGUCAGAGAUACAGGAGGGCACUGACCUCAGGCUGUUCCAGAAGACAGUCAAACUGUGCAGGUUCUUUGCUAAUUCCCUUGUACACUACACCAAGGAAUUUCUUUCCUUCUUCUCUGAUUCGUGCUCUCAGUUACAUCAGCUCUUUCUUCAGAUAUACAGCAAAUUUCCUCCCAGUCUUUAUGCUCCAGAGAUCUCGGAAGUUCAUCAGGAUGAAAUAUCCCGGGUUUUUCUUGUGGCUCUGGAGCCUUUCCUCAACCAGCUUCUUCCCUUUCGCCCUUUUAUGGAGCAAGUGUUAAGUGAUAAGUUAGGUCUCCCGCUUGAGCAGCAGCUGCCUCAGUGUCUCGUCCUGAUUACCAUAAUGGACAAGCUGUCCUCUCAGCCUGAAGAAGUGCAAACUCUCUGGAUCACAGGAAACAGCCUGUCUUUGUUUUCAGCUCUCUUCUCCAGUUUCCAGCAGUGUUCUGGCGAGCUUUCUCUCCCUGUUUGUUUGCCAGAGGUGAUCAGUACAGGACAGCCAGCAGUUCCCAUCACCCUGUAUCACUAUGUCUGUGUCCACCUGUGCUCCUUCAUUGCUUCCACACUCCCAUCACACUUUCCUCAGCUGGAGUAUGCUCUGCUGGAUGCUGUGCUGGGUGCUAGUAUGAUCACAUCUCUGCUAGCAAUGGACUCAUGGUGCUUCCUUGCCCGGUAUGGAACAGCUGAACUGUGCGCUCACCACGUUGUUGUGAUUGCUCACUUGAUAAAGUCUUGGCCCAGUGACUGUUACCAAGUCUCUGCCUUGGGUGUUCUGCUGAGGCGUAUGCUGUUCUUGAUGGCUCCAGAUCAUCAGGUAGAAUUUGCUCAUAAGUUUAUUCCAGAAGAGGAGGAGAACUUGGCUGUGUGGCAGCACGUAUCCCUCAAGGCCCUGAAUCCUGAGCUUAGGAAACGAGUGGCGUGUCAGCUCUGUGUGGCAGGGCUUGCACAGUGCAGGCGAUGGCUGAAUAGCAGACGUGCUUUGGGAGAGCUCCGACCUGUGAAUACUGCCCUUUCUGUCCUGCUGGCUGCCUACAAUUUUGCAGGUGACACUCUGGAGGCAGAACUUCAGGCAUCUAUCUUGGGAGUGCUCGGUCAGUUCUGGACUUUUCUCCAGGCUAAGCAGGUCUUGGAUGAGCCAUGUCUCCAGCAGACAUUGUGUUUAUUACUUCACCUUCUGGAAUUUUUCAUCCAAGCAUUAGAUGCUCAGCUGAUUACUCAGGUAUUUGCACUGCAGUCUUCCCUUUUCCAGCUGGAUCCCCCAGAUCAUGUUCGUCUAGCGAUGGUGGAUUUUCUCUCUUCUAUGGGAAAGGUGUUUAUACCACAGGAAGCACAGAGGCAAGUUGUACCCCAGUUGUCCUGUUUGUUUGCUUCUCUGCUAGCGGACCAGACCUGGCUGAUUCAUCAGCAUGCGUUGGAGGCAUUCACGCAUUUUGCAGAGGAAACAAGCCAUGAAGAUACUGUUCCUCAGUGCCUUAAUUCUGAAGAAACUAAGAACAAAGUUGUUACCUUUCUGGCUAAGGCGAGGCAAGUAGAAGAGACAACAGAAGCACGAACAGAACGCAUGAAACAAGAAGGGAUUACCUGCAGUGCACAGUUUAUGAGAAUGGCAGGAGAACAGGAGUCAGCAGGAGAGCCUCUGGCAAAAAGAGCGUGUCGCCCACCCUCUGAGGAGCAGUUUAAGUCAGCAGUAGGCAUGAUGGAGGGGGCAGUGGAGGCUGUGAAGCUGCUGCUCGGGAAAGGGUCACCCCCUGCUUGGCUUGCAGUGAAACUGGAGGCUCUACAUACAGCGAUAGCCAUCCUCAGAGACAGCGUACGGUAAGGUGCACAGCAGGUCUUAGAGGCAGUAACACACACAGCUCAGCUCCCUGUUCUGAGGGAAGAGAUGCCUUUACCACAAUUGCUGGAGAAGAAGAAACUGUGAUGCAGGGUGAUGCUCCACUAUACUGCUGGGUCUUGGUUAAUGUUCCAAAAUGAACCAAGGCAUGAGAGGUUGGCCUGUCUUUCAUAAUAACUGGCUGGAAGGACUGAUCUAUUUUAACGGACACUAUUGUGCAUCUGAGCUGUCAUUUUGUAUAUCGCCCACGUAUAGCUUGGUCUUCUAAGCCUUUGUAUGAUGAUAAACAUUCCAUGAGAUUGUA